CCAGCGGCGGCCCCGCCGAGCCCCACCGCGACCCGCCGGCAACUUUCCCGGGGAAGAGCAUCCCUCCCCUUUCACGUUCUCCUCGCGGCCCUUCAUGCCGCCACCGAAGGAGCCCCAGCGCGUCCCAGCGCCGCGGCGGCUCCGCGCCGCCCCGCGGUGAGGCUCGGGCGGCCCGAGCCCGCAGGGGUGCUGGUGCCAGAAGAAAAGAAUGAUUGAUGGGAAACAGACACCAGCCUGUAGACACUCACCUUUUUCCUUCGGAUGCUGAUUUAUCGGUGUGUCCGGGCAUCCCCUGCAAGCCCUGAACACGGAGGAUCACUCAGGGUUAUCGACGGUGUAGCUGAAGACCUGCAACUUCACAAAUUAUUAUCUGCUAUUGGAUAUCUUUUACAGGAAGCCCUAGCAGAUAAGUUAGAAGACGGACAAGCGCUGCAUUUCUGUGAAAGGCUGUCAUCAGGGCCUGGUGGCUUCUACCAAAGUCUUUACCAUAGUGAAACUAAUACCCUAUCCCAAUGCUUCACGUUUGAGUUGGAACCUAUUUUAUAAAUAUAUACAUGUAUAUAUACAUAUAAUCUACAGACUGCACAUACGCCAGCACUGAACAUCCUUACGAAGCUGACAUAAAAGGAUUUAGAAAUGUAUUUGUCAAGAUUCCURUCACUUCACGCCCUCUGGGUUACUGUAUCCUCCGUGAUGCAGCAUUACCCUUCUGUUUGGGGACACUAUGACGUGUGUAAGACUCAGAUUUACACGGAGGAAGGAAAAGUAUGGGAUUACAUGGCCUGCCAGCCAGAAGCCAGAGACAUGAUCAAAUAUGUAAAAGUGACUCUGGAUCCCCCAGACAUAACGUGUGGAGAUCCUCCUGAGACUUUCUGUGCAAUGGGGAAUCCCUACAUGUGCAAUAAUGAAUGUGAUGCRAGUACCCAAGAACUGGCUCAUCCUCCAGAACUGAUGUUCGAUCUGGAAGGAAGACAUCCCUCCACAUUUUGGCAGUCCACAACUUGGAAGGACUAUCCAAAGCCUCUUCACGUUAAUAUUACGCUCUCCUGGAACAAAACCAUUGAGCUCACAGAUAACAUAGUUAUCACCUUUGAAUCKGGCCGUCCAGACCAAAUGAUCCUGGAGAAAUCACUCGACUAUGGACGAACAUGGCAGCCCUACCAAUACUAUGCCACGGACUGCUUAGAUGCUUUUCACAUGGAUCCAAAAUCAGUGAGGGACUUGUCACAGCACACAGUCCUAGAAAUCAUUUGCACGGAGGAAUACUCUACUGGGUACAUGACAAAUAGUAAAAUAAUCCACUUUGAAAUCAAAGAUAGAUUUGCUUUUUUUGCUGGACCUCGGCUUCAUAACAUGGCUUCUCUUUAUGGCCAGCUUGACACCACCAAGAAGUUGAGAGAUUUCUUUACCAUCACAGAUCUGAGGAUAAGACUGCUUAGGCCAGCAACUGGUGAAAUAUAUGUAGAUGAGCAACAUCUGGCACGCUACUUUUAUGCAAUUUCAGACAUAAGGGUAUAUGGAAGGUGUAAGUGCAACCUUCAUGCUACUGGCUGUAAAGAAGAAAACAAAAGACUACUUUGUGAAUGUGAGCAUAACACAACGGGCCCAGACUGUGGAAAAUGCAAGAAGAAUUACCAGGGCCGACCGUGGAGUCCUGGCUCUUACCUGCCUAUACCUAAGGGCACUGCUAAUAUCUGUAUACCCAGUAUUUCCAGUAUUGGUAACUGUGAAUGCUUCGGGCACUCCAACCGGUGCAGUUACAUCGAGCUGCUCAAUACGGUCAUUUGCGUGAGCUGUAAGCACAACACUAGAGGUCAGCACUGCGAGUUAUGCAGGCUGGGCUACUUCAGAAAUGCUUCUGCAGAGCUGGACGAUGAAAAUGUGUGCAUAGACUGUUAUUGUAACCCUUUUGGUUCAGUCCAUGAUCGCUGUAAUGACAGAGGAUUUUGUGAGUGUAAGGAGGGAACAUCAGGGCCUAAAUGUGAUAAAUGUCUGCCGGGAUAUAUCUGGCACAGCUUGGGCUGUCAACCCAACGUGUGCGACAAUGARCUCCUGCACUGCCAGAACGGAGGGACGUGCAUCAACAACGUGCGCUGCCAGUGUCCCCCGGCCUACACGGGCAUCCUGUGCGAGAAGCUCAAGUGUGAGCGGGACCCGGGCGGCUGCAGCCAGAGCUCGGGCCAGGGGCCGGGGACACACGGGGCACAUGGGGCACACGGGGCUGUCCUGCUGCUGCUGCUGCCCGCUCUGCUCGGGGCCACCGCGCUCUGCUGAGGCUCCGUGUGCUGGGCUGGGACUGCUGCACGGCCACGGCCACCUGGAAACAGGACACAACCAGGCCUUGGCCACUGGAACCCAAAAGGGAAAAAUAGAGAGAAAAAAAUCAUAACCACAUACAAACUAAAAGACCGAACUGAACUAAGCCAUAUCACACGGUUACGAACAGGGCUGCGAGUCAAGACUGUUCACCUCUGGCCCCAGACACGUUGGCAGCUGCCUGUUCUGUCAAAUCAAUCAACGCUGGCUGCAGGACUGAAAGGCUUUGACAGCCCCCAGAACRGGAAGAGAAUUCCAACAACAUUUGCUCCUCCUCUCUGGUGCGCUACCGCACCUCCGCCCGGUGUGUGGACCGACCAAACCAAGGCAUUCUUUGCUGUCAGUGCAUUGUGGGUAUAAGGAAAUCUGUAAAAGCUGCCAUAUUGGCCUGCUUCAGUCCCCAAAUCCUUUCCAACCUGUGCUUUAGUGAACGUUGCUCUGUAACCCUUGUUGGUUGAAAGAUUUCUUUGUCUGAUGUUAGUGAUGCACAUGUGUAACAGCCCCCUCAAUAAAACUCAAGCCAGUCAUAUCCUUGUAUACCUUAGCAGCACUGCAUCAGUAAGAUGCUGUGUUCACCUACUGUACAAGAGUGGCUAUAGGACAAAAAGUGUAUUUAUCCUUUUGUAUUCAAAUGAAGUUAUUUUUCUUGAAAUAAUGUACAAUGUAGAUUUUUUGUAUUAUUGCCUAUUUGUGUUACCAGACAAUUUAUUAAUGUAUUUAAUUCUAAUCAGAUAAGAGAAAACUAUUACUUUUUCUUUAGUCCUUUUUUCUUUUUCCUUUCAUUUAAUUGUGCAGAGAUUUCUCUGUAUGGGCAACGUGCUGGCAUCAAAGAAUAUCAGUUUACAUAUAUAAMAAGUGUAAUAAGAUUCCACCAAAGGACAUUAUAAAUGUUUUCUUGUUGCUUUAACACUGGAAGAUUUCAAAGAAAAUAAAAAUUCCUGCAUAAACAGUUCCAGGAUCACGUAUUGCUAUUUUUAAAGGCCUUUUUAGAAAACAAACAUACAAAAAACUUGCUGAUAUUACCAUCUAGUAUGUGGAAGAAACCCAGAUUCAAAAGUGGAAAUUGUAACAAUCUAACCUGGCUUUAAUUUUACUACUGUCAUAGUUUUGCAAACUUUAAAUGCAAAUGGCAUCAUUUGCUUGAGGAAGAUUUCAUCAAAUCCGAAGAUUGAAAAAGGUACAAAAAGUUGAAUAGUUCUCAUCUUUGGUCUCCCAAUUGAUCACAAGCAUUAUUCCAAAACUAAAUUACCAGGUAUCAUAGAAGCUGGUAUUUAAUUCAUGUCCUUUCUGUGGAUUCUGGCAAUAAGCAGAUAGAGCCACAACUGAUAUUGUUUCUCCAAAAGCUUCAUUAAAAAGAUAUGUUUAUAUGUGUACUAGUCUGCUUAAGAAACUGCAAAAACAGCAACAAUCACAAAAAAAGCACCAAGAUUUAACUUUUAAAUAAAGUCAGAUUUAAUAUUUAGAAGGAAUGUCAAAAUAUACAGCAGCAAGUAGAUAAAAAGUGCUGCUCCAGCAAAUAAAGUUUGUUUCAAGUAUCGCCCAAGGUGUAAUAAAUUCUUGUUACUGCCUUUUAUUAGGCCAAUUACUGA